UUUCCGCAGACGGCGCUGGUGCGCGAUCCUGAGGCGCGGGCGGUCGUUUCCCGCGGCCGGAGCCAUGGAGAUGCCGCUGCCCCCGGACGACCAGGAGCUCCGAAAUGUCAUCGACAAGCUGGCCCAGUUCGUGGCUCGCAACGGGCCCGAGUUUGAGAAGAUGACGAUGGAGAAGCAGAAGGACAACCCGAAGUUCUCCUUCCUGUUCGGGGGCGAGUUCUACAGUUACUACAAGUGCAAGCUGGCGCUGGAGCAGCAGCAGCUCAUCUGCAAGCAGCAGGCGCCCGAGCUGGAGCCUCCCGCCGCCCUGCCUCCACUGCCACAGCCCCCACUGGCACCUACUGCUCCUGUCCCGCCAUCCCAGGGCGCCCCAUCUGUAGACGAACUCAUCCAGCAGAGUCAGUGGAAUUUGCAACAGCAGGAGCAGCAUCUUCUGGCCCUCCGACAGGAGCAGGUAACAGCAGCCGUGGCCCACGCUGUAGAACAGCAGAUGCAGAAGCUGCUGGAGGAGACGCAGCUGGAUGUGAACGAGUUCGACAGUUUGCUGCAGCCCAUUAUCGACACAUGCACCAAGGACGCCAUCUCGGCCGGAAAGAACUGGAUGUUCAGCAACGCCAAGUCACCGCCGCACUGUGAGCUGAUGGCAGGUCACCUCCGCAACCGCAUCACAGCGGACGGUGCACACUUCGAGCUGCGGCUGCAUCUCAUCUACCUCAUCAACGACGUGCUGCACCACUGGGCCCUGAUGCGCGGAAGGUCUCUCCCUCACAGCCAGCGCAAGCAGGCGCGGGAGCUGCUGGCCGCGCUGCAGAAGGUGGUGGUGCCCAUCUACUGCACCAGCUUCCUGGCUGUGGAGGAGGACAAGCAGCAGAAGAUCGCCCGGCUCCUGCAGCUCUGGGAGAAAAAUGGCUACUUCGAUGACUCCAUCAUUCAGCAGUUGCAGAGCCCUGCCCUGGGCCUUGGUCAGUACCAGGCUACCUUGAUCAGCGAGUACUCGUCAGUGGUGCAGCCCGUGCAACUGGCCUUCCAACAGCAGAUCCAGACACUGAAGACACAGCACGAGGACUUUGUCAGCAGCCUGGCCCAGCAGCAGCAGCAGCAGCAACAGCAGCAAGUCCAGCUGCCCCAGCUGGAGGCUGAGGUCAAGGCUACGCCACCGCCUCCUGCACCACCCCCGGCCCCUGCGCCCACCCCGGCCAUCCCGCCCACCACCCAGCCUGAUGACAGCAAACCGCCCAUCCAGAUGCCUGGCUCCUCGGAGUAUGACACGGCAGCAGGCGUCCAGGACCCCGCAGCUGCGGGGCCCCGAGGCCCCGGGCCCCAUGACCAGAUCCCGCCCAACAAGCCGCCUUGGUUUGACCAGCCUCACCCUGUUGCUCCCUGGGGCCAACAGCAGCCACCCGAGCAGCCCCCGUACCCGCACCACCAAGGAGGCCCGCCCCACUGCCCACCCUGGAACAGCAGCCACGAGGGCAUGUGGGGUGAGCAGCGCGGGGACCCCGGCUGGAACGGCCAGCGUGACGCGCCUUGGAACAACCAGCCGGACCCCAGCUGGAGCGGCCAGUUCGAAGGCCCCUGGAGCGGCCAGCACGAGCAGCCCCCCUGGGGCGCCGGGCAGCGCGAGCCGCCCUUCCGCAUGCAGCGGCCGCCGCACUUCCGCGGGCCCUUCCCGCCCCACCAGCAGCACCCGCAGUUCAGCCAGCCGCCGCACCCACACAAUUUCAACCGCUUCCCACCGCGCUUCCUGCAGGACGACUUCCCCCCGCGGCAUCCCUUCGAGCGGCCGCCCUACCCGCACCGCUUCGACUACCCACAGGGCGACUUCCCCGCCGAGAUGGGUCCCCCGCACCACCACCCCGGCCAUCGCAUGCCUCACCCUGGGAUCAACGAGCACCCGCCCUGGGCGGGGCCCCAGCACCCAGACUUUGGCCCACCCCCCCACGGCUUCAACGGGCAGCCUCCCCACAUGCGGCGCCAGGGCCCACCCCACAUCAACCACGACGACCCCAGCCUGGUGCCCAACGUGCCCUAUUUCGACCUCCCUGCCGGGCUGAUGGCCCCACUUGUAAAGCUGGAAGACCACGAGUACAAGCCGCUGGACCCCAAGGACAUCCGCCUCCCACCCCCCAUGCCGCCCAGCGAGCGGCUCCUGGCCGCGGUGGAGGCCUUCUACAGCCCACCGUCACAUGACAGGCCCCGCAACAGCGAGGGCUGGGAGCAGAAUGGCCUCUACGAGUUCUUCAGAGCCAAGAUGCGCGCGCGGCGGCGGAAGGGCCAGGAGAAAAGGAACAGUGGGCCCUCCAGGUCCCGGAGUAGAUCCAAGAGCCGGGGCCGCUCCUCAUCGCGCUCCAACUCGAGGUCCUCCAAGUCCUCGGGGUCCUACUCGCGCUCCCGCUCGCGCUCCUGUUCACGCUCCUACUCGCGCUCCCGGUCCAGGAGCCGCAGCAGGUCGCGCUCAUCACGGAGCCGGUCGCGGUCGCGGUCUCGGUCCAGAUCCAAGUCCUACUCUCCAGGAAGGAGACACCGCUCGCGGUCCCGGAGCCCCACGCCGCCCUCCGCAGCGGGCCUAGGCUCAAAUUCAGCACCUGCCGUCCCUGACUCGCGGCUGGGGGAGGAGAACAAGGGGCACCAGAUGCUGGUGAAGAUGGGCUGGAGUGGCUCUGGCGGCCUGGGUGCCAAGGAGCAGGGCAUCCAGGACCCCAUCAAGGGUGGGGAUGUGCGUGACAAGUGGGACCAGUACAAGGGCGUGGGUGUGGCGCUGGACGACCCCUACGAGAACUACCGGCGCAACAAGAGCUACUCAUUUAUCGCGCGCAUGAAGGCCCGCGAUGAGUUCUCCACAUUUGGAGCACGCAAGGAGGAGAAGGAGGACUAGAUGCGGAGACCCAUGGCGCGGUUGUGUUGGCCAGCCAACGGGACAGGAGCCAGGGCGGCCGCACUCGAACCAGGGCUGAGGCCAGGUGACAUCCCUGGGUCCCACAGUGCCACCCACAGGUCCUCUGUUACUUUAGUUGUCUAUGUCACUGACCUCCCCACACCUGCCCCGUCCCGGGAGAGGAGAGGAUGCAGGACGCAGGCGGAGACCCCGCUGCACAGCCCUCCCUGUAAGCACUCUCCUGCCAGGAGCAGCACCCCACCUGUGGGCAGUGUUUGGUUCGUUGUAGUUUCCUGUAGCUGUGAUUUUCCAGCGUGUCUGACUGGGACGCACACACGUGCUAUUCACUUUCCAGUGGAUUUUACUGUUUUGCUUUCCAAUAAAGCCCUUUUCUAAAGACUGGCUUCUGAUGUAUGGCCUGGCCAACCUCCCUGGGGCUCUGCUGUGCCCUGCCAGCCCAGGAGGUGUGGCCUGGCCCCAGCGCUGCCAUGGCAGAGCCACACCAAGGCCUCUUCUUGCUGCGUUGCCCGUCACCAGAACUGCAGGCUACGCUGUCUCCUCAUGCAGCCACACAGUGAUGGCCUGGGAGAGUCGCUUGUGGCUCAGGACGACCGGAGAGGCUCAACUGUCACCUGGAAAGGGCCUUGUGUUCCCAGGGUAGC